AUGAUCUCCACACGCUACGGCCUGGGCCUGCAUGACGAGCAACUCCAGCAAUCACAACUAGAACAACUGGAACUAAGCAUGAAGGUAAAAAAAAUACAGCCCCCACUUCAUCUCCCCCUCGCUUCCCGCAUCUUCUACUUCAUGUGCAAUUGGGCGGUCAAGCACUCGCUCCUCCUCUUCUACUCCACCCUCACCAUCGACCACUACCCGCGCCUCAGCAUCUACACCAUGCACUUCGUCGCCUUCAGCUUCGGCUUCACCUGCAUCCUCUUCACUUUAAUCCGCUGCCUGCCCAUCACAGACAUCCACAUCGCGCCGGGCGGCGCCGAAUACAGCCGGCGCUGCGUCAACACGGUCGACUUCAACUACUUCAACAGCUGCUUCAUGCUGGCCAACGACAUCGUCCUGUACGCCAUGCCGCUCGUCUUCACGUGGAAACUGCACGUCAGCCGCCCGCAGCGGCUCGCCGUCAAUCUGCUCUUCCUCCUCGGCACGCUCGUCCUCGCCGCCAGCGCCGCGCGCAUAUACUUCGUCUACAAGCAGGCGCACAGGCCCGACUUUACGUACCGCUUCGCCAUGGCGAUGCUCUGCGCCGUGAUUGAGAACCACCUCGCCAUCAUCGUGGCGUGCGCGCCGAGCAUAAAGGUCAUGCUGCUGCAUGUGUUCCCCGGCUUGGAGGGCCGGUUUGAGAAGCUGGUUAGCAAGGGGAGUAAGAGCGAGGGGUCGGAGUGGAGUUUUGGGGCGGGGGUGGUGGAGGAGGUGCUUGGACGGGGGAGGGGGGGAGGUUACGCUUGUGGGGGAGAGGGGCACGAGGGAGAGGAAGUGGUGGUGUCCGCCGAGUAG